AUGGCCGAGGCCCCCCCGCGCCGCCUCGGCCUGGGCCCCCCGCCCGGGGACGCCCCCCGCGCCGAGCUAGUGGCGCUCACGGCCGUGCAGAGCGAACAGGGUGAGGCGGGCGGGGGCGGCUCUCCGCGUCGUCUCGGCCUUCUGGGCAGCCCCCUGCCGCCGGGCGCGCCCCUCCCUGGGCCGGGCUCCGGCUCGGGCUCCGCCUGCGGCCAGCGCUCCUCCGCCGCGCACAAGCGCUACCGCCGCCUGCAGAACUGGGUCUACAACGUGCUGGAGCGGCCCCGCGGGUGGGCCUUCGUCUACCACGUCUUCAUAUUUUUGCUAGUCUUCAGCUGCCUGGUGCUGUCCGUGCUGUCCACUAUCCAGGAGCACCAGGAACUUGCCAACGAGUGUCUCCUCAUCUUGGAAUUCGUGAUGAUCGUGGUUUUUGGCUUAGAGUACAUAAUCCGCGUCUGGUCGGCGGGCUGCUGUUGCCGCUACAGAGGAUGGCAGGGCCGCUUCCGCUUCGCCAGGAAACCCUUCUGUGUCAUCGACUUCAUCGUGUUUGUGGCCUCGGUGGCGGUGAUCGCCGCGGGCACACAGGGCAACAUCUUUGCUACGUCCGCGUUGCGCAGUAUGCGCUUCCUGCAGAUCCUGCGUAUGGUGCGUAUGGACCGCCGCGGCGGCACCUGGAAGCUGCUGGGCUCGGUGGUCUACGCACACAGUAAGGAGCUGAUCACUGCCUGGUACAUCGGGUUCCUCGUGCUCAUCUUCGCCUCUUUCCUCGUCUACCUGGCUGAGAAGGAUGCCAACUCCGACUUCUCCUCCUACGCCGACUCGCUCUGGUGGGGGACGAUUACACUGACGACCAUUGGCUAUGGUGACAAGACGCCACAUACAUGGCUGGGCAGGGUUCUGGCUGCCGGCUUCGCCUUACUGGGCAUCUCCUUCUUUGCCCUGCCUGCUGGCAUUCUGGGCUCCGGCUUUGCCCUGAAGGUUCAGGAGCAGCACAGGCAGAAGCACUUUGAGAAGCGGAGGAUGCCAGCAGCCAACCUCAUCCAGGCUGCAUGGCGCCUGUACUCGACUGACACAAGCCGGGCCUACUUGACAGCCACUUGGUACUACUAUGACAGUGUUCUCCCAUCUUUCAGAGAGCUGGCCCUCUUGUUUGAGCACGUACAACGGGCCCGCAAUGGGGGCCUACGGCCCCUGGAGGUGAGGCGGGCGCCAGUACCUGAUGGAGCGCCCUCUCGCUACCCGCCCGUUGCCACCUGCCACCGGCCGGGCAGCGCCUCCUUCUGCCCUGGGGAAAGCAGCCGGAUGGGCAUCAAAGACCGCAUCCGUAUGAGCAGCUCCCAGAAGCGGACAGGUCCCUCCAAGCAGCACCUGGCACCCCCACCAAUACCCACCUCGCCAAGCAGCGAGCAGGUGGGCGAGGCGUCCAGCCCCAGCAAGGUGCAGAAGAGCUGGAGCUUCAAUGACCGCACCCGCUUCCGGGCCUCUCUAAGACUCAAGCCCCGAUGCUCUGCAGAGGAGGGCCCCUCAGAGGAAGUAGCUGAGGAAAAGAGCUACCAGUGUGAGCUCACGGUGGAUGAUGUCAUGCCUGCUGUGAAGACGGUCAUCCGUUCUGUCAGGAUUCUGAAGUUCCUGGUAGCCAAAAGGAAAUUCAAGGAGACACUGCGGCCAUACGACGUGAAGGACGUCAUCGAGCAGUACUCAGCGGGGCACCUGGACAUGCUGGGGCGAAUCAAGAGCCUGCAAGCUCGGGUGGACCAAAUUGUGGGUCGAGGGCCCGGGGACCGCAAAACUAGGGAGAAGGGCGAUAAAGGGCCUUCGGACACGGAGGCAGUGGAUGAAAUCAGCAUGAUGGGGCGCGUAGUCAAGGUGGAAAAGCAGGUGCAGUCCAUCGAGCAUAAGCUGGAUCUGCUACUGGGCUUCUACUCGCGCUGCCUACGCUCUGGCACCUCGGCCAGCCUGGGCACCGUACAAGUGCCGCUCUUCGACCCUGACAUCACCUCGGACUACCACAGCCCUGUAGACCACGAAGACAUCUCCGUCUCGGCACAGACGCUCAGCAUCUCUCGCUCAGUUAGCACCAACAUGGACUGAAGGGCUUCUCAGGGGCGGGGCAGCCUUUGGUCUGCCCCUCGGACUCACCCCGAGGCCUCUGGACUCCUCUCUUACUUGAACUCGCUCCCUGGCAGGGAGAGAGGCCAUACGCAGUAUUGAAGCUGUCUGGGUGGGCGAGACACCGAUGCCAGGUAGCAGCGCCCCGGGAGCACGAAAUGCCAGGCCACGUGGUGGGGCGCAGCAGUUGCUGACCGGAGGCCUCUGGCCGCUCCAGGACCCUGCCAGCUCCAUCAAGGCCCAAUGUAGCCCGCCUGGCAAGGGCUCUGCCCCGUGAAUGGGAGCAGAACUCUGGGGCCCUGGUCCCUGACCCAGCUUCUAGCUAUGCAAGGUGUGGUCUCCAGGCCCGCCCUUCCAGGCAGAGCAGGGAAACCCUCCUGCCAAGCCCCGCCCCGCUAGGGGCUGGGCCCAAGGUGCCCCCACAGGUGCCUACAAAGCACAGGACUCUACCAUAAGGUAGAUGGGCAUCAUAUAUGCAAACUAUGUUAAAUAUGCAACUUUGGGGACCCCCAUGGGGUUCCUCUGCCCCUCCCUCACUGGGAGAUGGGCCCCAGCAGUAGCUGGUCUCAGGCUGCUUGGCCAUACUCCACCUCCGUUCUUUGGCUUAUCAUCCAUCCCCGCCCAGCAUGGGGCCUAAACCUCUCUGUCUUCUCCCAAGGGGGCAGUAACUGGGCCUUUCUACCCCUUCGCAGGUGUCACCUCAGGGGCUUCCUCUUGCUGCUUGGAUGCCCACUCCUAUUGGCCCUCCAAACAGUUUUGACAGUCAGCAUAAUUUCCUGUCAUUUUCCCCAAUCCUACCAGACAGUGGCCCACCACCAGGGACCACAAGCACGGCCCUAUUAUUUCUCCAGCAGGAUGCCUCAUGCACUGAUGCACACAACCACACACACUUGGAGGCAUGAGCACAAAGCCACUUGGUCUUUCUUGGGCAGGAGAAGAAGGUUUGGGGUACCCACGGC